GUCCGUGCUGAGAAAAUGGAGGCCAUGGAGCAGGAGAGAAUUGGGCGCUUGAUACAUCGCCUGGACGACAUGAAGAAGACUGUGUGUGGGGAUGGACAGUCCCGCUGUUUGCUGUGUGGGGAGCAGUUUGGGUCACCUGGGGUCAGCUCAGUGGUGUGUGAGGACUGCAAAAAGAACAUGUGUACCAAGUGUGGUACACAGUGUAGCAGUCGGCCACGUGCUGUGUGGCUUUGCAAGAUCUGCAGAGAACAGCGAGAGGUGUGGAAGAGGUCUGGUGCCUGGUUCUUCAAAGGUUUUCCCAAACAUUUCUUGCCAUCGCCAAUGCCAUUAUCUAAAGCAAGGGAGCCAGGAGCCCAGGAAGCGGCAGAGCCUAAGGAGGCCCAAGCUUCUAAGCCCAGGCAGGCAGUCACCCAACCAGCACCAGAGCCACAGGGCCGUGCUGGUUACCCACCUGUGGCCCCUAAACCAUCAGUUGUUCGCAUGGCCACGGGCGGUGCUGGCCCUGAAGAGGGGGGACAGGGCAGCCCAGUGGCGAUGAAGAAGAUGGUUCCUGUCCAGAGCUCCAGACCACAGCCUGCUGCAUCAGCCACCAUGGCCCAGCAGGGUCCAGUGGCAGGAGAUGGAGGGGCCUACUCCUCUGGUGCAGUUCCUCCAGAGCAGAGAGCACCUCCUGCAGCAAGAGAGGACAGGAGGCAGCCCGUUGCCUACGGCGCUCCUCCUGCCCGACAGCAACCUCCCCCAGCUGAGGAGGAGGAGGAGGCCAACGACUAUGACUCGGAUGAAGCCACAACCCUGGGCUCUCUAGAGUUCAGUCUGCUCUAUGAACAGGAAAGCAACAGCCUCCACUGUAGCAUUCUCAAAGCAAAGGGACUGAAGCCCAUGGACUCAAAUGGACUGGCAGAUCCUUAUGUCAAACUUCAUCUGCUGCCUGGGGCUAGUAAGUCUAACAAGUUGCGCACAAAGACUUUGAGAAACACCCGCAACCCUGCCUGGAAUGAGACACUCACUUACCAUGGCCUGACAGAUGAAGACAUGCAGCGUAAGACCCUCAGGAUGUCUGUCUGUGAUGAGGACAAGUUUGGUCAUAAUGAGUUUAUUGGGGAAACCCGAGUGGCGCUGAAGAAACUGAAGUUGAACCAGAAGAAAAACUUCAACGUGUGUCUGGAGAGAGUUAUCCCUACAAAGAAAACUGCAACAGCCGGGGGAGCCAGAGGCAUCGCUCUCUACGAAGAUGAGCAGGGGAAAGAGGGCGGAGAGGUAGAGGAGCGCGGGCGGGUUCUGAUCUCCCUCAUGUACAGCACCCAGCAGAACCGUCUCCUCGUGGGUGUUGUACGCUGUGUCCACUUGGCUGCCAUGGAUGCCAAUGGCUACUCUGACCCAUAUGUCAAAAUAUGUCUGAAGCCUGACAUGGGGAAGAAGGCCAAGUGCAAAACACAAAUCAAGAAGAGGACUUUAAACCCAGAGUUUAAUGAGGAAUUUGGCUAUGAGAUUAAACACAGUGACCUAGCCAAGAAGACUUUAGAUAUCUCUGUUUGGGAUUACGAUAUUGGGAAGUCCAACGACUACAUUGGUGGGUGUCAGCUGGGUAUCACUGCCAAAGGAGAGAGGCUGAAGCACUGGUAUGAGUGUUUGAAGAACAAGGACAAGAGGAUUGAGCGCUGGCACACCCUGUAUAAUGAGAAUCCUGUUACUAGUGAUUAA